AUGCCACGAUUGGCAAUAGCUAAUGGAUUGAAGUUUCCAGAUAAUCCGGAUGUUUUGAAUGAAUUAACUUCAAUGGAGGAGAGAUUAGUAAGUCCUCAUUACGUAUUUUUGAAAAUAGUUCGUAGAGGCCAGGGAUUAGGAUAUCAGCAUGGUUUAUCAGGAAAUGUUAUUAAUGUGCCUGUAAAAAUUAAUAACAUGGUAAAAGCUUUGCCUCGGUCGAUAAAUGAUGACAGUGUCAUCACUGUAGAGUUGAAGCGUAAAUUCUGUUAUAAACAUGGUCGAAAAGAACAAGUCCGCCCGGAAAUCAUACGGAGAGCAGCGGAAUAUUUAGUAACGUGUGAUCUGUUUCGGACAUAUGGUAUAGAACUUGAAGGUUCAUGGACAAAUAAUGAACCUGAAGACACCGUCGAAUAUACCUGUAGUUCACCUGCGCAGGAGAGCAAUGUUGAUGAGAUCCCUGAUGUAAAUCCUGGUGGCAUAGAAACUCUGUUAGAUGAAAACCAAGACCUAACAAUAGUUAUGGCUCCAGGAGAAGGUGAAAGGCCAAUUUCCUUGUUUUUUGAUCGACAUCUGGAAGAGCUGGCCUUCAUAAAAGUACAUUGCGCUAUUGAGCGAAAAUACCUCGUGAACUUAAGUCAUUCUGAAGUUACCCGUUCAGAAAUUUCCAGAAAUAACAGGGGAGCUGUAAGACCUGAUUACCUAUUUACUGCACUGAAAAAGCAACAAACUAUUGCCGUCAAAAAUAAUGUUACGACCUGUUUACGCAAAAAAAAAACUGUUAGAGGUGCCCCUGUAUUUGCAUGUAAUGUGUUUCAAAAUAAUUUUGUUGACAAUUUAGUUCAACAUGACGAUGGGUAUCGUGUUCUUGAAGUAAUUAGAAAUUCUCCUGCUCACUGGAAAAGUGAAAAAAAAGAAGUUGUUGGCAAUGCUAGUUCAAUAGAAACUCUCAAUGACAGUUCUCAAGCAAUUGAUUAUUCCCAGGCUGUUGAAGAAGUUGAAGCGGAAGGGAAUUGGGCUCCUUUGCAAGAUAAUUUAGAAUACAUACGGAAAAGAACUAAAACUCGAAUAAUACGAUUUCGCUGGUACAGUUACAUUGAUUAUCCAGACAAUUUCUAUAGGGAACAGAUAAUGCUAUACAUCCCUUGGAGAAGCGAGGAGGAAGAAUUACUAAAUCCUAACAUAAAUAUAAAGGACAUAUUUGAUGAGUAUAAAGAAAGAAUAAAGGCUGAAAGCAAACAAUUCAAUAAACUAGGUGAUGCUGAUUUUUUUUAA